UUCAGUGCUAAAAAUCAAGAAUCAGCAGAAGAAGAAUCUCUAACGGUCCAAAGUAAUGUUGGUCGUAGUUGUCUUGGCUCUGAUGGGGGUUUCUGGUGGAUCUUCAGCAGAUAUGAAGAACAUCAAAGCUGAACCUGGACAGGAUGUCACUCUGAGAUGUGAAGAUCUUCACAUCGGGAAGAUCGCACUCCUACUGUGGAGCAAAGAUGAUCCUCAGGAGAUGAAUUUGAUUGUGAUCAGAGAUGGACGAUCACUUCCAGCAGCUCAGCAUGAAUCUUUCAGGGACCGAGUGUUUCUGAAUAACAGUCAGAUGAAGGAUGGAGAUCUGUCUGUGGUUCUGAAGAACGUGACGGUCGAUGACACUGGAACAUACGAGUGUAGAGUCAGAUAUGAAAAUGAUCCACAGAGAAACAGGAAUCUGAUCUCCACCAUCAACCUGUCAGUGAUUCCUCCAGGUGAGCAGUGACUGUUUGGUCCAAUCAGAAGAAUCCUUCCCCUCCCCCGUCAUUUAUCCCUCCAAACGAUGGUUAU